AUGCGGUCCACAAUUCUCUUCGUUCUCUUCGUCAUCUUCGUCAUUUCAUACGUGGCGACAGCAUCUUCUUCCACCGAACAGGAGCAGAAUGAGAUCAACGAGAAGGAGGAACAGACUUCCGUGGACAAUCUGCUAAAGUUUCUGAGUGAACGUCGGCACAAUCGCCUGGAGCAUCACAAGCACGAUCGUCUUCAUCGGGUGUGCGGCGCCAAAGCGAUCAGAAGAGUAUUCCGAAUUUGCCCCGAUGGGUGUACUGUGAAAUUAAGUGAGUUUCGUUCGAAAGAGAUGACUAGUUGCUCAAUUAUUUCAUUUCAGACACCUUCUUGCCAACUCUCUGCGCGUACGGCCUCUCCGACAAUCAGAUCACCUCGCUCUGCUGUCCCAGCGCGGAAGAUGAAUAG